UCUUGUGGCCCACCUCAGUCCGUUGCUCCUCCUGGUGCUGUCUAGCCCUUCUUUACUCAGGUGCUCCACACGUACGAACUCCAUAGGUUCAAUAGUGGAAAACUUUCUCUACUGCUCUCAGUGCCUCCAAGGACGCACCUGCAGCCAACAUCCUCACUCUUCUUCGUGGUAGUCGCCUUCACAACAACGCCUCAGCCCACCAACCCCUUCAAAAGCUCAGCGUUUCAAUAAGAUCUUCGCUGUCAGGUAGUUUCUAUCAUGUCAGCUGUUAUAGAGCAGGAGCCUAGAUCACCUGAUCAACAGCAAGAAGGUGGCAGAAUGGGGCACGAUGCGAGACAAAUUGUCUUACACGUGCUUCCAAUCAAACAUGCUAAUGAUGACAUCGAUGGAACCAUAGCGUUUCUGGUUUCUCAAGCAGUCAUGAGAGCAACGGUGGAGGAAGGGUGUGGGCAGGAGGAAAUGUGGCCUGGAGUUGAGGACAUGUGGCCUCAAGUAGAAGACAUCUGGCGUGAGGAAGACUUCUGGCCUGAUGCAGAGGAAGGUUGUGGGCAGGAGGAAAUGUGGCCUGGAGUUGAGGAGGUGUGGCCUCAAGUGGAAGACAUCUGGCAUGAGGAAGAUGUCUGGGCAAAGGCGGAGGAAGGGAGUGGGCAGGAGGAAAUGUGGCCUGGUGUUGAGGAGGUGUGGCCUCAAAUGGAAGAUAUCUGGUGUGAGGAAGAAGUCUGGCCUGAUGUGUUGGAAGGGUGUUGGCAGGAGGAAAUGUGGCCUGGUGUUGAGGAGAUAUGGCCUCAAAUAGAAGACAUCAGGUGUGAGGAAGACGUCUGGCCUGAUGUGGAGGACAUGUGGCCUGAAGACAAGGAGGUGUGGCCAGACGUGGAAGAGGACUGGUAUGUCUGGAACAAUGUCCAGGAGAAUGAGGAAGCUGAGGAAGCAGAAGAUGACCAGUACUACAAUAAUGAGGAAGAUGAGGAGGAGGACGAUGAUGAUAACUAUCAACAUGAAGAGAAGGAAUAUGUGCAGGAGGAGGAAGAGGACAACAAAGAGGACAAACAAGAAGAGGUUCAGGGGGAGGAGACCAUCCUGCAUGCCUGCAAGGCACAAAAAGUUCAGUCCCUGAACAAUCACAGAUUCAAGAGAGACAAAAUAUCCCCAAGAAGUCCAGACCUGGCAAAGGAAGCAUAGAAUUGGGAAGAUUGAGGGCAAAGGAAGUUAUGAAGAGGGAAUCGAUGAAUCGUUUCUUCAUGGAUUUGAGAUCUUCUAAUAUUUAUUCACAGUUGCAAUUUAUCACCAGUGAUACUGUUGUCAACAUCUUCAUCCAAAAGUAUAUACUGAAAACUUCCAUUGCUUAAUCAUCCAUUAAAUUAAAAUUGAAAUGCA